AUCCUUACACAGGUAUAAAUGUUAUCAUCCCGCCACACACCAAUACAAGCUCAAGCUGAAACGUAAGCACUCUUGAUUGUCUGACCUGCAUUAGCCAGUACCCAGCAAAUUUUACUAUGAAGAUUAUCAUCCUUCUUGGUGUUGUGACUGCUGUACUCGGGUACAGCUAUGAUGAUGCCAGAAUUAAGGGUGAUUUUGUUCCUCUUGACAAAAACAAUGAUGGUGACCUCACCCUGGAUGAACUGUUCACUUAUUUCCUAGCGGGUGACGAAAAUGGUAAUGGCAAGAUUUCCCUCCGAGAGUUUGCUGAUGGGCUCCGACCUGGUAACUACUCCCAAGAUAUCACCAGGGCCGCUUACGAAUUCUACGACAAAAUGGACGGCACAACUCACGGAUUUUUGGACCCAUUUACAGUUCUUCACUUAUUCAAACUUUUCGACGAUGACAACAACCAGAAGGUAUCUUUGGGAGAGUUUUUAAAAGCUGCUCGAGAGAUAAUACAAAUCUCCGCUCAUGAAACAGGAGUCACAAUUUAGUGUGAACAUGCUGUGAGAAGGAUACCUGCAAGACACUGAAAAUAAAAAUUCAAUUUUAAAACAAA